AUGGCCGUUCUCGCGUUUCCGUGGACAUCACUGGCGGAUUUAUGGGGCCAGGCGGGAGAAGUCACCAACGGGGUGCCCGCUCAUCCAUUUGAUCAACUUGGGAGAUGGCCGGGGUCCGAUCUGCGCCGCCGCCCUGGAUCUGGAGGGCAAGAGAGCUGCUACUCAAACCGUUUCCAAUGGCUCCCUUGCGAAGUGCGAUUUGUUCCUCCGAGAACGCCGAAUGACACCCUGGAUGUUCAAAUUACCUCUUAUGUCAAUAAUCUCCACCCAGAUAAUCACCAUGGGCUGUACAGGCACCUUGAGCGUUUAAUUGCAGCUUCCGUUCCUUCUUGGAAUGAAAUCCUCUUCUACGGCAACACCCGCGGCCGCAACCGGCCACGGAUCCUCACAUAUGGCUGCCAGGUGCACAACUACAUGGAACAACAUAAGGUAUUCGGAGAUGUGCCGCCAUUUCUCGACUGGAGAGGGCUAGCUGUCACUCACGAAGAAUGGCAGAAGCUGCGCGAAGCUGCUCGAGAGUAUAUUACAGGCCCCGAGCCACCGAAAUGGAAGCAGGCAAAUCCUUUGCCGCGCUUGGCAACUAACCUAUUAGACGAGCUCACACCAGAGCAGUGGGACGUUCCGAAAAAUGUGAACCGCCUGCUGAGACUCAAACGGCGUCGGCUAGCUUGGUUUGAGCAUCCUGAGCCCGGUGUCUCAUUUUCUUACGAGCAAUGGAAGCAAGGGCAGUUUAGAGGGCGAGCGAUAAGUCCGCAGCGAGUUGGGAUGUUCCCGGAUCCGCUUCAUCACGAGCAUACGCCUGUGCAAUUGGAGCAAACCUUCAAGAAGGACGGUCUCUAG